AUGUCCGCAGCAGUCACAACACACGUCGCCGAGUCGGCUACCGCUCCCGCCACAUCGCUCGCUAACAUGGGCGGCGCAGCAGCCUCGGCAAACGCUCUCGGCAUCCAGUCCUUCUACCAGUCCAAGAUCCGCUCCUACGAGAUCCUCAUCAACCAAAAGACCCAGAAUCUCCGUCGUCUUGAAGCGCAACGAAAUGCACUCAAUGCUCGCGUCCGUCUCUUACGCGAAGAGCUCCAGCUCCUCCAGGAGCCCGGCUCGUACGUCGGCGAGGUAGUCAAGGUCAUGGGCAAGAAAAAAGUGCUCGUCAAAGUGCAGCCCGAGGGCAAAUACGUCGUCGACAUUGCCUCGGACAUCGACGUCUCGACUCUCACGCCUACCCUCCGUGUUGCUCUCCGCUCCGACUCAUACACGCUCCACAAGGUUCUGCCCAACAAGAUCGACCCGCUCGUCUCGCUCAUGAUGGUCGAAAAGGUACCUGACUCGACCUACGAGAUGGUCGGUGGUCUCGACCGCCAGAUCAAAGAGAUCAAGGAGGUCAUCGAACUGCCCGUCAAGCAUCCAGAACUGUUUGAAGCGCUCGGUAUCGCCCAACCCAAGGGUGUCCUGCUGUACGGGCCUCCCGGUACCGGAAAGACCUUGCUCGCGCGAGCUGUCGCUCACCACACAGACUGCCGCUUCAUCCGCGUCUCGGGCUCCGAGCUUGUCCAAAAGUACAUUGGUGAAGGUUCGCGCAUGGUCCGAGAGCUCUUUGUCAUGGCCCGUGAGCACGCCCCUUCCAUCAUCUUCAUGGACGAGAUCGACAGCAUUGGUUCGUCACGAGGUGAGAGCGGCUCGGGUGGUGGCGACUCGGAGGUGCAGCGUACCAUGCUCGAGCUUCUCAACCAGCUCGACGGCUUCGAAGGCACAAAGAACAUCAAGGUCAUCAUGGCCACCAACCGAAUCGACAUUCUCGACUCGGCCCUCCUGCGUCCCGGCCGCAUCGACCGCAAGAUCGAAUUCCCUCCCCCGGGUCCUGAGGCCCGUGUCUCGAUUCUGCGCAUCCACAGCCGAAAGAUGUCGUUGCAACGAGGCAUCAACCUCCGCGCGCUCGCGGAGAAGAUGGGUCAGUGCUCCGGUGCCGAAGUGCGCGGUAUCUGCACCGAAGCAGGCAUGUACGCCUUGAGAGAGCGUCGUCAGCACGUCUCGCACGAGGACUUUGAGCUUGCCAUCGCAAAGGUCCUCCGUGCCCAAGCAUCGUCCGAGACGUCGGUCAACAAGCUCUUUACCUGA